UUCACGUAAUGUGAAUGGUAUAGACGUCACUAUAGGUACAAAGCAAACUAAUCGUUAUCAUUAUCCAAAACAAGUAUAACAUAGGUUUCUGUUAUAUGUAUAUUCAUUUUUCAAGCUUUAUUGUUUGUCGGUUUAUCGUAACGUGUUAACUGCUUAAAAUCGUUGGAUACGCAGCAGAACGAUGAUAAUUAUUGUCUUCGGUUCGAAAUUGCACUGUCUGUAACCAAUCGAAGCGCUCUCAGGUCCGGUUCAUAUUUUCAUUCAUUUGUUGUCGAAUAUCGGCUAUCGAGUGAAGUGAAACUCGCGGUUUGGUUCACCUUGCUUAGCACCGUGCCGUCCGCUCGCCGAAAAUUUACACAAUUUCAAUGGCCUGUAGAAGGCUACGCGCUUCUCUUUCUCUUUUACAUCCGGUUUGCUAUCCGGAUCUUCAUUUUCUUCGCCACUAUUCGUGGUUUCUUUAACAGAUUCGACGUUUCUCCGUGCUGCAAGUUUGUAGAUCGGUUCGUCGCGUUUGUGUUUUGUGAUAAUAUAAAAUAUGUGACGUUCAUCCACUACCUACUUGAAAUUACCAUAUUUAAUUCCAACCACAAACGUUAAUCAGUGAUUUAAAGUCAUAAUUGGUGUGCUUACUAAUUAUCUUAUACUGCAGGCAUUCAGUGAGAAGGAUACCGGAUCUCAAUCCGCGUUUUGCAAGAAGCCGAUUAUUAUUAGCUCUAAUAGAUACCGGUCGAUUCAUUGUGUAUUGUUUAGAUUUUUGGUUUAAUGUGAACAGUUAUUAUUUAUUUUAAUUAUUUAAGUGAUCGCGCUAUAUGUGUCGUUAUUGAAAUACGAUUGUUUCGGUCGGCAAUUGUUUUAAAAUACAUGCUUGAUGUCAUUGGUUAAUAUAGAAAUCCCAGGAUUAGAUGUGCUUACAAUUAUUGGACCCGAUUUGUCUGGAUAUGACUGUUACUUUUGGCGAGAAAUACAUAGACGACAUCUGUCUGGAUGGGUGCAAUAUCUCGAAAGGUUCCGCCACCGGCGAGGAUUCUAGUUAUGAUUCGGAUUGCGAAGCCUACGAGGGUAGCCAGGGACAAUUGUGCGGUAGUCAUCAGGACGUUUCACGGACUACCAGUGAUACUUUAGCUGCCGAAUAUGCCGAAUAUGUGCAAGGAGUACAGGGAACCGCUCCAGGUUAUAACGCCAGAGUGGAGUUUGCUCUUAAAUUGGGCUACACAGAGAAACACGUGCAGGCGGCCCUGCAGAAGCUGGGUUCGUCUCCGACACAAAACGAACUUUUGGCGGAAUUAAUUAAAUUAGGUGCCCAAAAAGGUGGCUCUUGUGAUAGCAGCCCAACUGAAAGUCUCGUUAGUGAGUUAGGACUGUUAGAUAGGUUUGAACUUCUCGAAACUGGCCCAUCAACGUUAAGACCCAUCGUUAUAGAUGGUAGUAAUGUUGCUAUGAGCCAUGGUAACAAGGAAAUUUUUUCAUGCCGCGGAAUUAAGAUAUGUGUUGAUUGGUUUAAGGUUCGUGGACAUAAAGAUAUAACAGUAUUCGUGCCGAAAUGGCGGAAAGAAGCCCCUCGUCCGGACAACCCGGUGAGAGAACAAGACAUUUUGGCUGAACUGGAAAGAGACAGGCUGUUGGUUUUCACACCCUCGCGACUAGUUGGUGGAAAACGGAUGGUUUGCUACGAUGACCGAUAUAUUUUAAAGCUUGCAUCGCAGACUGACGGAAUUGUUGUGAGCAAUGAUAAUUACAGGGAUCUUUGCCAAGAAAGCACGGAGUUCAGGAAAGUAGUGGAGGAAAGAGUUUUAAUGUACUCUUUUGUAAAUGACCAUUUUAUGCCUCCCGAUGAUCCGCUAGGCAGAGCUGGACCAACAUUAGAUAAUUUUUUGCGCAGACAGCCUAGAAAGGGUGAUGUGUCGGGAACUUUACCACCACCACCAUGUCCGUAUGGCAAAAAAUGUACUUAUGGCAACAAAUGUAAAUAUCACCAUCCGGAACGGGGACCCUUACCACAUAAGAGCGUUACCGAGCGAUUAUCUGAACACGCACAGCGCCAUUUACAAGCCAGAGAAAAUAAAGAUGGUUCCGAUGUUCGCAAGAAUCCUCUAGGCCGUACGCGAUCGAAUGUUCCACCUCCUAAAGAACCGCAACACACAAUAGUUUCAAAGUCCCGCAGCGUAGACAACGUAGGAGUAAUCACCCAAUCCGGCCAAUAUCAACCUAUAACUGACAAUUUCGGAUUCCAAUCGACUCCUGAAAAGGACACUAUGAGUAAUUUUUCUUACCAAACGCCAUCUUCCGAGAACCUCCACAGAAAACUUGCCAGACAAUUAACGUUGAACCCAGGAGCCGAUCCUCGAUUAGCUUCUAGACGCUUCGCACCAUUAAGUCCCGGCCCCGUUGGUACUUCCGGUGGAUACUUGGGUUCUUCCGGGUGGGAAGUUCACCAGGGUGUAACUAGGAUUGCGAGUGCUCCAGAUUCUUACAGGAGUGCCCAAAAUACUCAGGCUGCUGGAUGGUCGGGAUUGCACGGACCACAACAUGGACAAACACCAUCAGUUGGCCAUAUGCACCGCAUGUCCAGUUGUUCUGAUUCUCAGCUGAACGUGUGGCCUGGCCAAUGGAAUCCGAUUGGAUCGCAAGAAGAUGCUCGAAGAAAACUGCACUAUCAUUUAGCAGCAAUAUUUCCGGAAGAACAAGUUAUACAAGCAAUGCAAAUGUAUCCCGAUGAAACUAAUGCACAGAAAAUAUGCGCGGCGAUAUUGGCUAUGUUUUCCAUAAAAUCAUAGAAAAUGGUCAGUAUUUAGUUAUUUAAUGGGUUUUGAUUUUCCUAUUCUGGUUCAUCCAGAGAAGCGCUAAAAAUCUCGGCCCAAUAUGGGAAUAAUUUAUUGAAUUUGAAAGUGCACAGAGGUUUUUCUUUUCGUAGAUGGUAAGAUGUGUCCACUAAAAUAUAGCGGGCGCAACGAAACGAAUCGCAAUUUAUUGAUAUUAUUUUUACAAUUUUUUUUGCAUGUGCACAGAAGCGCAAAGUUCGAGUCUACUAGUUGUCUAUAUAAGCACACAAGACAAAUCUGACUCGCUUAUCUAACUGGACGACCGUCCUUAGAAUUCAUUCAUAUGCUAAUUCUUACACAGUUCCUCGAAACAACACUUCUAUUUGGGUCAGUCUUAAUAUCGUAUAUUCUUGCUUCAAGAUACUUCUUUGAAUUUAACAACACUACAGAGGUUUACUCUAUUGUAAAAGAUUGUUUUGGUUACAAUAUUGAAAUGAUCAACUGCUCCUAAGUCAGUUCACCGAACUGGUAUAUUCACCGAAUGGGUAAACAGUAGUGGACGCUAAUAAAUAACGAGUAGCAAAUUAGACAUCCUACAUGUAAUUGCAUCUACAUUUUUUAAUAGUGAAGAUAAGAAAGCGAAGCAUUUGCACAACAACCAAGUGAUAGAUUUUUUCUUGCCAAAUGAAAGGAGAGCAAUCCUAUGGUUUAACUUAGUUGAAAUGUCCAGUAACGAAUUUGUUUAGUUUUUUAAAUUA